AUGCGAUUGCGACAUCAAGUGUUAUUGAUUGGAUGCUCCUCCAUUGCUUAUGGUGCAUUUGAAGAAAUUGGCCCUUUUAGGAUUAAGCCUGAUGGGAAGUCACUUUACUUGAACCCUUAUAUGCUUGGAACAAAUCUGAAGAUGCAUAUACAUUUCUUGUUAAGUGGUCUGAAAGAUUUCUUCAGUAUAAGCAUAGAGAGUUCUACAUUGCUGGAGAAAGCUAUGCAGAUACAUUAUCAAACCACUGGUCCAGAGAUAUGGAAAGGUUUGGAAGGAAAAGUCGACAUGCUUGUAUGCGGGAUAGGUAGUGGUGGUAUCAUCACUGGUGCAGGAAAAUAUCUGAAAGAGCAGAAUUCUAACUUAAAAUUGAUUAGUGUGAAACCAACUGAAAGUCCAGUGCUCUCAGGAGGAAAACCUGGUCCAUACAAGAUUCAGGGGAUUGGUGCAGGCUUUGUCCCCGGUGUAUUAGAAGUCAAUCUUCUCGAUGAAAUCAUUCAAAUAUUAAGUGAAGAAGCUAUAGAAACUGCAAAGCAACUUAUGCUUAAAGAAGGCCUAUUUAUAAGUUCUCCAAUGUAUGUGUAUUAG